AUGGCCUCGGACAAUGAGGUCGCCACCGCCGCGGUGCGCAGCUCAAAAGAUGAAAUCACCCCGUCGCAACCUGAACCCGCUACUGGCGAGCAGAAUUUCAAGACGGAACGAAGCUAUUCAGUUGAUGAAACGGCCCACCAACGGAAUCCUAUCGGUACACGUGUUGGCUCACUUCUCCGAGCCUUCGAGAAACAGCUUGUCGAAUACAACCUCGAGGCGCGAGGUAUUGAGCGAGUUGCAGUGGAUGAGCGCAUGAAGCGAUUAUCCUGGGUAUCGUACUCGCAGGCUUUCUUGCUCUGGGUUUCAAUCAAUCUCGCAGCUAACAAUAUCACUCUGGGCAUGCUGGGACCUGCUGUGUAUGGACUCAGUUUUCUGGACUCUGCGCUCUGUGCCGCUCUUGGAUGUCUAACUGGUGGUGUGGUUGCUGCGUGGAUGGCUACCUGGGGUCCUCUCUCAGGUAUUCGAACUAUGGCUUUCGGAAGAUACUCAAUGGGAUGGUGGCCUAGCAAGAUUAUUGUUGUGCUGAAUCUCGUCCAAAUGAUUGGAUACUGUAUGAUAGAUUGUGUUGUUGGAGGACAGAUCUUAUCUGCGGUCUCUCCAAGUGGCAUGUCUGUCGCUGUUGGCAUUGUUAUUAUUGCAAUUAUAGGUUGGGUGGUGGCUACAUUCGGAAUUCAAGUCUUCCACUACUAUGAACGAUAUGCCUUCCUACCCCAGUUGAUCGUUAUCUGCAUUCUUUUUGGCGUAUCAUCAAGAAAAUUCGAUUUAUCAACCGUGUCCGAAGGCGACGCACGAACUGUUGCUGGUAACAGACUAUCGUUCUUCUCCAUCUGCCUCAGCGCAGCAAUCACCUACGCACCCCUAGCAGGCGAUUUCUUCGUCUACUACCCGGAGCACACCUCCCGCCUAACAAUCUUCUCUCUCACCCUCGCAGGCCUCGUAUCCUCCUUCGCCCUAGCCAUAAUCUCAGGCAUCGGCCUUGCCUCCGGUAUCUCCACCUACCCAGAGUAUUCAGCAGCCUACGCCAUCGGCCAAGGCGCGCUAAUAGUCGAAGCCUUCGGCCCCCUGCACGGCUUCGGCAAGUUCUGCUCCGUGAUCGUAGCCCUAGGCCUUGUCGCAAACACAGUCCCACCAACCUAUUCUGCUGGUGUUGACUUCCAGAUCUUAGGUCGCUAUGCAGAGAUAGUGCCCCGCGUCAUCUGGAACUUCAUCGUCUUCGUCAUCUACACUGUAUGUGCUCUUGCAGGCCGUGAGCAUUUGUCUGAAAUCUUCACAAAUUUUCUCGCGCUCAUGGGAUACUGGGUUGCUAUCUGGUUUGCUAUCGUCCUUGAGGAUUUCCUCUUCUUCCGCUCCAAGAGCGGAUACAAUUGGGCUGCGUGGCGGGAUUCGUCUAAACUUCCUAUUGGUAUUGCGGCUUUCAUGGCUUUUGUCAUUGGGUGGGUUGGCGCUGUUCUCUCUAUGGCCCAGGUGUGGUAUAUUGGAGUCUUUGCCAAGUCGGUUGGCGCUUAUGGUGCUGAUAUGGGCAACUAUGUCGGUUUCUCUUGGGCUUGUAUUACUUAUCCACCCAUGAGAUACUUGGAGCUACGGUACUUUGGCCGUUAG